AUGGGGUUAUGCCUAGAGAAAAUAGAGAAGUCUAUCUCCUACAUGGAUGAUACUUAUGAUGCAAACUUUGGGGAGUGGAUAAGAAACGAAGACAAUGCACGUAUAGUUGCAUACAAUAUGAAGAAGUAUGUUGAUAACUACAAGACAUCAGACUUCAUAAUUGUUGUGAAGUGGAUUGUCAAGGAUUGGACAUUGAAGUCUAUAAUAAUCUUCUCCAAGAAGAUGCUAGUCGAAGAUAUCAAGGUUCUAAGCUUUAGGAAAUCCGAAGAAGACAAAGACAGGUACAACAAAAGAAUCAAGAUAAUCUCUGGGCUUAUUUUUACAUGGAAUCCCGUAUUUAUCACGGAGUUCAUAGUUUCAAUAACACGAUCGUUUGGGACCAAUGAGAAGUGCAAACUACUGAUAAACUUAUUAGAGGUUUUUGAGGCUCGAAAGCUCUCAGAGAUCCUAUCCCAGUUGGAGGCGAAGAUCGAGCAGAAAACUUGGAACGAACUCUUCAAAACUUUCAAUGACGAGGCAUCUAAGAAAUCCAGGCCAAGAAGUAAAAGAACUGCUAGUAUACUGCGGGCAUAUAACUUAUCUUAA